CAAAUCGUUUCCAUUACAGCUGAAAGAUGAAUCAUACACGUUUUUUGAUGGAAUGCAAAUAUAUAUGAUCUGACUAUCGGCCUAGUUAAAUAACGGUUGGAUAAAAAGAUAAUUUGCUAUCUAGCUAGGUAACAAUUCGGAGUAAAUAGCUAGGUUUAGUUUUCCAGUAGAGUUACGUGCUAUUUGCUAAUCGAUAGAAACGAAUAACUAAUAUAGCUAGGUAUCAAAUAGCUAGGGAAGAUCAGGUUUGAUAUUCGUAUUAAUUGGAUUACUGGAAUAUAGGGCAUUGACACUGGUCAGUUGUCUGGGACCCGACAUUGAAUCGCACUGAACUCUGUCAGAGAUGAGCGUUUGAAUAAGGACAGUUUUCUCUAUAAGCCAAAAUGUUGAAUACAAUUAGAUAUUUUAACGUACUUGACCAGUUUUCCGUACGGUUGGUCCUUUUUUGGCGGUAGGAAUGUGAGACAAUAUAUCCACAGGAAAGUAUAAUUGCAUCCGUUUUUCACAGCGCUGGUGCAUCGUUCAGAUAUAUAUCACAUUAGCUCGUGCAGAAGAUGAAAACACAGCCGCUCGGUUGGGUUUCCAGGCAAUGCAGUCAGGUGACAUUCAGCCCUUCUCCCUGAGUGCUGCCUGCUCCGAAGAACCUCUCGUCUCACUCACACGGCUCUCCAUCACGUGAUCGGGUCUUUCUCACAGACUGCAAGUGAAGACGGACACAUCGAGGACGCAACUGUGCCCAUCCUCAUCCAAUUCCGAGGACAGAGCAGUGCCACCCACCAGUGCCAUGGCUGGCAUCACUAUCCGAAGAUUUGAGGAAGAUGACAAGGAGACCGUGAAGGAGAUCUUCACCAUGGGGAUGAGCGAGCACGUCCCUUCCUCCUUCAUGCACCUCCUCAAACAGCCCCUGACCCAGAUGAUCCUGAUGGUCACGUUCUGCGCCCUGCUGGCCAGCUCCAAGUCCGUCCUGCUGCCUGUAGUAGGGGUCACUCUCCUCCUGGCCGGGGCCAAGCAGCUGGUGGGCUACCUCUUCAACAGCUACAUCGACACCUCCCUGAGGAAGGACCUCGACCACAUCCAGGAGACCUACCUGGAGAACAAGGACUCGUGUUUCUGGGUGGCUGAGAGCGACGGCCGGGUGGUGGCAACGGUGGCCUGCCUGCCCGCGGAGAGGGAACCAGGCUGCAUGGAGCUAAAGAGGUUGUCUGUACGUCGGACACACCGGAGGAUGGGCAUCGCCAAGGCCCUCAGCAGGACAGUGGCAGACUUCAGCAGGGAGAGGGGCUUCCCUGCGGUCGUCCUCUACACGUCUGUAGUGCAGACUGAUGCACAGAGGCUGUAUGAGAACGUGGGCUACACACGGGUCAGAGAGUUCGUCAUCCCUGAGCCCAUCGCCAAAAUCACCAACUUUACUCUGAUAGAGUUUAAACUGGACUUACUGCAGGGGAGGAAAUAGGAGGACUGGACUCACUGCAGGGGGGAAAUAGGAGGACUGGACUGGAGGGGCGGAAAUAGGAGGACUGGACUUACUGCAGAGGGGGAAAUAGGAGGACUGGACUUACUGCAGAGGGGGAAAUAGGAG